AUGCCUUCAACGCCAACAUCAGCCUUUAGCAGUGCUGCCACCACUACGGCUAGUGGCGGCGGAGAGGGUUCAGGUUCAAAUAAUGCUACAAGUUCACCUUUACUGUUCUUCGUCGCUCUUGGGUUUGGUGUUGUGUUCACAAAUCUAUGGAUCAUCGUUGGAGUCAAAUAUUGCUUUCGACAUAGCCAAAGAAACCGUCAGCUCCGCAGUGAGCGAGUAGGAGAGCCCAUAGACUUGGUCACUAUGCCACGGCCUCAUCGCAGGAGAAGGGAGAAAAGGCUAAUGACGAUGGAUGAAGUCAAUGGACGGUUCCCACUUGCCAAGUACAAAGUAUGGAGAUCAACUCGCGCCAACCAGGGUCUUUCAACUGAAGGGGGUAUCAAAGCUCCGAAUAGCAGACCACAGAGCCUAAAAGACGAAGGUGAUACCGUGACAACAGCGGCAAAACCACUAGCCACCAAGGGUCAUGUACGGGUGGAUUCCCAUGGUACAUCACAAACCCCUAUCCAAGAGCUGCCGGAUGAAUUUCUGGUGCCGAAUUUGGAAAAGGUCCCUGCAGUAUCCGGGAUGCCUUCUACUGAGCAAUCCAUCGGUGCAGAUACCCAGAAAGAGAAAUUGCAGCAUUCAUUGGCCAAUGAGAACACGAACCUUGAUCUUGAGGACCAUGAUGGUGAUGCCUACAUUCUUAAUGCUGUUCCUGCUGAUCUUUUGCCCAAUCCUGGAGAUUCCUGCGCGAUUUGCCUAGACAUCAUUGAGGACGAUGAGGAUAUUCGAGGACUUGCUUGUGGACAUGCUUUCCAUGCCUCAUGUGUGGACCCCUGGCUGACUAGCAGAAGGGCAUGUUGCCCUCUAUGCAAGGCCGAUUACUAUGUUCCGAAACCCCGUGCACAGAGCGAAUCACAGCCUGCCACAGAUCGCGAGGGUCGCCGUACAGCCUCGACCCGCCCAGAUGCAAUCAUCAGACCUUCUCGAGUUGCGUGGAAUGGUGGCAGGAUAAAUGAAUUCCGGGUCCAGAUGGGCUUACCUAGCCGAAGAUCUCAAUCGACAUCUCCACAGGAAAGAGACAUGUCUCCAACCCGAGAACAGCAUGCACGGAGUCGGCAAGAUCAGCCUUGGGACUCAGUCUAUGCCCCGAGUCAAUCUGCCUGGUCUCGACUGAUUCCCACUCGGCUCCGGCAGUUUUCUUUCCAUUUUCAUUCGCCAAGAAGACCGCAACCUGCAGUUGGGACAUUGCCUGUGGGUCCGCUGCCUUCGGAAGGACGCACACCUCGUCAAGUCGAAGCUGGUACCACAUGA